GGAUCAGCAGCCUAUGAUAGCAUUGCUACGAAAACUUAUAAGAGACCAUCGGAUCGAGCAGCGAGGAGAAGGAAAUCCUAUUCCUGACAUGCUUCAAACAGCGUGGGCAAUCAGAGCAAUCAAGCGGACCCAUGAGAUUGCUCUGCGGAAUGGCAAUGCUCAAGAUGCAGAUUGGCUGGCAGAUACAUUCGGCGAAAACGUGCAGUUCUGGUCUCUGUCCAGUGGCGGUAUUGCAGCUAGUGGCAAGCUCCCGCGCAGCAAAACAUGACCUGAGAUAUAUAAGUCCGAACAGCGUUCGAGAUGCAAUUCGUUCUGGAUCUUUACGACCACCUUCCGCCCAUCGCCUUUGUGCCUGAAGGCCUUGAUAGCAUCUUCGAGCCCGCCUGUCCCAAUCUCCUCAUACUCUUUGUAAAGGCUGAAUCCUUCCUCCUUCAACGAGUGAUUGCAGCAUUUGUUUGUUCUGCCGUACCUAGUCAUUGAGCUCUCAUAUAUGGUCCCACCUUUGAAGUCGCCAACACUGCUCCAGUCAUUUGUACCGGUAUACGACACCUUCAGGCCCUGGACCAUCCAAGAGCAGCUGUCUGGAAAGCAGCUCCUAACGUGACAGCUUGUGGAAUCGUCAAGUUUGCUGCCUUCCGCAUUGCCGCCAUGGCAUUCAUGAGAAAGUACUCGCGUGCGGUGCUGCACUCUUUUUGAGGACCCGACUCCCGAGCCUAGAGAUGGAAAUAUAACACCCUUCACGGUUGCUUGCAAUUG